AUGGACAAGGGUGCACGCGUAUGGAUCAGUGACUCGGAGAACGAGCACGUAUGGCUUGCAGCACGGGUGCUUGAGGUGGAUAAUGCCGUGAUAUCUGUGGAGAUUGAAAAUCAAUUAUCAACUGAGCCGUCGUCGCGUUUGAAACACUGUGACCUGGACAAUAACCGAGACAACUUUGAUACGAAAACAAACCCCAAGCAACGAGAUGUAGUUCUAAUCUACGCAGCCUCAGGCGAGUGCACAAAUGUACUACCACGUAACAUGCCACGUGAGCAGGAUCAACGCGACCUGGUAUCGUUGCCACAUCUACAUGAAGCGUCCAUCUUGAACGCGUUGCGUCUACGUUACGAGCGUCACGCCAUUUAUACUCACAUUGGCGAUAUUUUGAUCUCUAUUAACCCUUUCCAAAAUCUUCCACAACUUUACAGUAAUGAUGUACUCAAGGAAUACACUUACGACCAUAGCGUGUCACAGUUUGGCGAUCGCAUCCCUGUGCUAGAAUCAAAAGCACCGCAUCUAUUUGCGGUAGCUAAAGCUGCUUACAUGGAUAUUGUGCAGAACGCACGCAGUCAAGCCAUCUUAAUUAGCGGAGAAAGCGGCGCUGGCAAGACUGAAGCCACAAAGAUUAUUAUGACUUACUUUGCCGCCAUGUGUGGUACUGGCAACAACGUGAUAGCUGCGGAAUCGGUGACACCACUAGCUUCACCGUCUUACACGACUAUAGAAGAGCAAGUGCUACAAUCCAACCCUAUUUUGGAAGCUUUUGGUAACGCACGCACCGUACGAAAUGAUAAUAGCUCGCGUUUCGGCAAAUUUAUUGAGUUGCGGUUUCGAGAUGAACGACGAAAACUUGCGGGUGCCCGCAUCCGAACUUAUCUCUUGGAAAAAAUUCGAGUUAUUAAACAAGCAACUAACGAACGCAAUUUUCACAUUUUUUAUGAACUGCUGAGUGCAGAUAUUACUUGUGUAAGUAAGGAAGAAAAACAAGCAUUAGCGAUCAAUGGAGGACCUCAAAGCUUCCGUCUGCUAAAUCAGAGUAUGUGCUCUAAACGACAGGAUGGUGUGAUGGACGCUGUACAGUUCCGUGUUACUCGAAGAGCCAUGCAACAGCUUGGUAUGAGCGAACGUGAAAUUCGCGGUGUGCUAGAAAUUGUAGCAGCUGUGUUGCACAUGGGCAAUGUGGACUUUGAACAAGCGCCGCAUAAGCUUGAAGAUAAUAUGUUUUCUGAUGAGGCACGCAUUGUCAUGUCGGCAGUUGGAUUGUGUAACCACUUUGCAAAGGCAGCAGAGCUGUUGGGUGUCUCGAUGGAAGCGCUAGAUCAUGCACUUACCAAACGCUGGCUGCACACUUCUAAUGAAACAUUAGUCGUGGGAGUAGACGUCAUUCACGCUCGCAACACUCGCAACGCACUGACUAUGGAAUGCUACCGUCUUUUAUUUGAUUGGCUUGUAGCACGCGUUAACAACAAGCUGCAACGACAAGCUGUUGCACCAUUGGACGCAGACCAAUUUUGUAAUGGAGAUGAGGAUUCGACCGUAUUUAUUGGAUUGCUCGAUAUAUUUGGAUUUGAAGAUAUGACCGAGAACUCUUUUGAGCAGCUGUGCAUCAACUACGCCAAUGAGGCUUUGCAACACCAGUUUAAUCAGUACAUCUUUGAGGAGGAACAACGAUUGUAUCGUGAUGAGGGUAUUCGCUGGAACUUUGUUGACUUUCCAAAUAACAGCGCGUGUCUGGAAUUAUAUGAACACCGACCAAUUGGCAUUUUUUCACUCACGGAUCAAGAAUGUGUCUUCCCCCAGGGUACAGACCGGGCCCUCGUGGCCAAAUAUUACCAAGAGUUUGAGAAAAAGACUCAGCACCCGCACUUUCGAUCGGCAUCCGUUCUUCAGCGCGCGACACAAUUUGUAGUGGCACAUUACGCUGGACGGGUCACGUAUACUGUUAAUGGUUUUCUUGCAAAAAACAAAGAUUCUCUUUGCGAGAGCGCGGCACAACUGCUGGCUGGGUCUUCGAAUCCACUAGUUCAGGCCCUUGCUGCAGGAAAAGCCGACGAAAAGGGUGUGCCUGAGUACACGGAGCUGGAUAGAUAUGGUGGUCGAACCCGUCGACGUGCUAAAUCGACUAUUGCAGCGGUUAGUGUUGGCACACAGUUCAAGAUUCAACUAAAUGAGCUAUUGGCUACUGUUCGUGCCACGACACCUCGAUAUGUGCGUUGUAUUAAGCCUAAUGACUCGCACGUAAGCUCGCUUUUUGAAAGCACAAGAGUCGUUGAGCAGCUACGUAGCGGUGGCGUACUUGAAGCUGUGAGAGUAGCGCGUGCAGGGUUUCCCGUGCGCCUUUCUCAUCAGCAAUUUCUCGGUCGGUAUCGUCGCGUAUUGCUUUUGCUAUGCAAAUCAGCCAACAAGGAAUUUGAAAAAAAGCACAGACGUUGGGGCGAAUUGGACUUGUGUUUACACCAGCUCACACAAGUUCUUCUUGCCGAGGAAGAGAUGCAAAGCAAAGCCGCUGACGAGGAAGACAUCCAGAGUUACCAGAUGCGUUGUGGUGUCAGUCUAGGCAAGACACGAGUCUUCUUUCGCCGAAAGCCAUACGAUAAACUGGAAAGCCUUCGUGUAACUGUGCGACAAGGAGCCUGUCUUAUCAUGCAAGCACACAUUAGAGGCUAUAUAGCACGCAGAAGUUACCGACGCGUGAUCCAGGUUACAGUCGCAAUCCAAGCUCGUGUGCGUGGAUGCCUUGCCCGUCGAUAUGUUUGCUGGUUACGCGCGAUGCAGCAAGCUCGUACACUACAACUAAGAAUGCGCCAGCUUUGCGCGCGCAGUAAAUUUCUUCGUGCUCGAGGAGGAGUGCUGGCGGUGCAGUGUCUCUUCCGAUGCCGUCAAGCUACUCGAGCCGUGCAGGUGAUUCGAGAGCUGCAAGCUGCAAUUCAUAUUGCUACAGCUUGGCGGCGAUCCUUUGCUCAACGGAAGUACCGCAGGCUUUGUAGGGCCACUUUGGCGCUUCAAUGUGCGAUGCGUUUCCGACUUGCAAAGCGGGCAGUAAAGGUGUUACGCGGAGAAAGUCGAAACAUAUCUAAACUAAAAGAGGAUAACGUCCUAUUGAGGGAAGAGCUGGCCGAAUUGCGCCGGCAGAUGCAGGUCAUGGUGGCUCACAGUGUGACUAGGGCGUGUCAGCAGUUGUCAUUGACGGCUGACGAUCUAGCGUGCAAUUCUCCGCAGAAGACAGUUAUGUCCUCAUCGGAUGAAGAAGAUGACAGCAACAAACGUGACUGUGAAAAUCAACUGGAUCUUAAAUUAUCGGAGGGUCUCGUGCCUGUGUGCAACGGCGGGAACAUAAUAGCAAAUGGUUGCGAUGUUGGUUAUGUUGAUGAUUUGCGCUUUAGCCAGCAAAAACUGAAUCUCAAGACAGAGACGAAUCCACGGCGUAGCCGCCGCUACAGCUUGCCACCUGUAUUUUCUUUGGCAAACGAUGAUGUCAACAGAGAAGAUUCCAGUCCGUCUGCGUCGCCUCGUGCUUUUUGGUCUCGUGAUCGACGCCACAGUUUGGAUUUGUGGCGGCUACAGCAGAUGGAGGCCCAAAAAGAGGCUUGCCAAUUGCGUGAAGCAAUUCUUGAGGCGAGUGCUGAUGAGCCCUCACCAGAACGUCGGCAGCAGCAAGAAAUUGCGCUCCAGAGACUUGUUGCCUCGCAGAUCAAGCGCAAGACCAUGCAGCUGCAGUUACAGGUGCCCGAGAUGGAGCUUAAGGUAAACAACAAUUUUAUUGACUCAGUACCAGUCUCGCGGAGCAAGCACAAUCGUCACUCACACACAGUCAAUAGUCCUCUUCAACUUGCAGCUCCGUUAACAUCAUGUGGUGAACAGCGUCAAUCGCGUUGGAACCUUACAGCCUCUUGCAGUAUGGCGCGCGCUACAAGUGAUUGCAUGCCAGCAUACUUUGAAAACCUGAACUACGCUGAUACAUCCUGCGCUGAUAAUUACUCCAUGAAUGGCGAGGACGACCUGUACAGCCAUUGUCGUUACCCAAUACCUCGCCGCUCAGCAUCCUCACGGUUGUCGUCAAAUGGGUCAUCGUGCUACGCGCAAUCUGUAGUAGUGCGUCCCGGAGUUACCGUCCCUCGCUUUGCCAAGGCCUCUACGUGCUUCGAAUGUGAUUGCGCAUUUAGUAUUCUAGCGCGUCGCCACCAUUGCCGCCAAUGUGGCAACACAUUCUGUUACGAACACUCGACACGCCAGCUUGCUCUGCCACACUUGGGCUAUGUGACGGCUCAGCGCGUGUGUGAUAUGUGCUUUGAGGCGCACAUUCAAGCUAUGACAUCUUUCAAGUUGCCAUCUUUGGUGCGGCAUCCCACGGAUGACUUAUCAACUUCAUCAUUCGCAAGCUCGCCGCGUGGGCCGGAAAGUAACGAUAGCUACUACGGGCUUAAGAGUUCCGCGUAG